AUGGAUAACAAUCAUAGUAACUUGGCAGGUGGUAGUGUGCAAGAAAGAAAAGCAAACAUAAAAGCUAAAACCAAGAAAAAGCCUAUGAAAGUAGUGUACAUAUCCAACCCCAUGAAGUUCAAGACUAGUGCAUCUGGAUUUAGGGCUUUGGUUCAAGAACUCACUGGCCAAGAUUCUGAAUUGCCAGACCUUACUAAGUUUCUGGACAGUGAUGUCGGUGGAAAUUAUCAAACGGAUGCUUCAAAGACUGUUGAUGAUGAUGAUGAUGAUGAUCAUGCACUAGAUGUCCCCACAAAGGAUCCUAGUCAAGAGCAGCCUAAAAGACAAGAUGUUUCAUUUGAAUCUUUUGAUGAUAUUUUCAUGCCUCAGAUGUUGGAGAAUGUUUCAGGAAUAAUGCCAUCAAAUUUAUGGUGUGAAGCUUACUCAAAUGGAUGUCGAUAG